GGGAAAUUCCAAAGGGUCAUUGUUUCUCAAGCCCAACCGUGAUGGCACGGUUCAAACAGUGAAAAGUCGCCCCCACUCUACAGCAGCUCUAACCGACCAGUGCCUGCCCCCGGAAGACAGUCGUAUCUCUCUGCAAGCAUGGAUCAACAAGCGAGCGAAUCUGUAGCGCAGGCGCAAAGCGAGAGCCCAGGCCCGAGCCCGACCCAGAACCCCGCCCCCGCCACGGCCAGUCCUUCCGAGACCGCGCCGACACCAGCAUCAACGCACACCACAACGUCUUCCAAGCCGGUCCAUUCACUCGUCAUAGACGCGAAUGCAAUCAUUAGAAACGACCCAACUGUCUCCACAUUGCUUGCUCAAGCCGAGCAGCUUUAUACUAUCCCUGCUGUGGUCUCAGAGAUCCGUGAUGAGGCAACAAGAUCUCGCUUUCAAACAACUCUGUCCCCAUUCCUCAAGCUUCGGAGCCCCCGACCGGAAUCAGUCCAGUUCAUCACCAGUUUUGCGCGAAAAACUGGCGAUCUCCAGGUUCUGUCAAAGCCCGAUAUUCAGCUUCUCGCCCUUACAUACGAAUUGGAGGUGGAGAGAAAUGGCGGUGACUGGCGGCUCAGGCGAGACCCUAACCAGCAAGGCGUAAAUGGGAAGCCACCGGCAAAAUCUGGAGAUGAAGUCGAUAAGGAUUCCAAGACCGAGGCAGAAGAAAAGGGCAGCGCCGACUCCCCGGCCACCGCUUGCGAAGUGGCUAAGGAGCCAGUAGAGACUUUGCCAAGCGCCGUGGAGGGGGAUGCUCAGGUCAACCCAGGAAUAAACGAGUCAGUUGCUGAGCAACUCCAAAAUCUCAGCUUGAACAAGCCGGCGACCGAGGAAAACGUCGUCGAAGAAGAGGACUUGACAGAGGAAGAGGACGAUGGAGAGGGGGAAUGGAUUACCCCGAGUAACAUCAAGAAGUACCAGGCUCGGGAAAACGCCCAAAUUGAGCCCCAGCCGUUACAGAGUGUGCUUCAGGCCGCGCUGAUCACAGGCGAUAUGGCUAUGCGGAACGUGGCUCUGAGGAUAAACCUAAACCUUCUCGAUUCAGGCUUCUCUCGCAUCACUUACCUCAAAACCUGGGUUCUUCGCUGUCAUGGGUGCUUUAAGGUCUGCAAGGACACGUCAAAGCAAUUUUGCCCGUCCUGCGGCCAACCCACCUUGACGCGUGUCUCGUGCAGCACCGACGCUAACGGAAACUUCACUCUCUACCUCAAGAAGAACUUCCAGUACAACAACCGGGGCAAUGUGUACAGCAUCCCCAAGCCCACGCACGGCUCCGCAAGCGGGAAAGGAACCCAUAUCAAGGGCGGCGGUAAGAACGGGUGGGGGAGGGAGCUGAUUCUAGCUGAGGAUCAGAAGGAGUACAAGAAGAAGCUGGAAGAGGAGCGCCGUAUGAAAACUCGCGAUCUCAUGGACCAGGACUACCUGCCCAGCAUCCUGAGCGGCAACAGAACUUCGGGAGGAGGAAGGAUCAGAGUCGGCGCAGGUCGCAAUGUCAACGCGAAAAAGAGGAGGUGACGGUAGCGUAUUGUGGGCAAGAAAAGGAACACGGGGAAUUUUGGGCGGGCGAGAAUAAAAACAAAUCAUUGUCGCGGCAUCAUGUCUGCAUUUCGAC